ACAAAUCAAAAAUUAAUAAAUAAGACUCAUUUUUUAAGCAAUAACAAAAUUACUUAGAAUACUUGCACAUACAUAAAAUUAAUUAAAACAAGUGUAGAUAUUAAAAUUCCACAACAAAAUUAAACACACAACUGAAAAACCCAAAUGCCACAAAUGUGUACAACAAAAGCCACAAUUAAAUAGUAAAAAGCUGUACAACCGGAAUGCCGCAAAAAUUAAAGUGCCACAGAAAAAUGUCUUUAACCAUUUUUAUGUAAUUCCAAUUAAGCCAAAUCCGUAUUUAAGGCUCAUUUAAAAAGCUGCAAAAAUUCUGUGUCAAACAAAAAUUAUAAAAAUGCAAAGAAAUCUAAAGAAACCGAGAGACACCAGUGGGUAUUCAAUGAGAUCGACAGCAACAUGAGUAAAACGACAUCAAAACUGCCAACGGACGGAAAACUGGUAGCCUGCAAAUGCACCCGCAGCGAAGACAAAAAAUAAAUAAAUAAAUAUAUAGAUAAAAAGUUAAAAAGAAAACAAAAACAACAGCACUCCCUAGAGUUUAGAUUGCAGUUCGAUUUGCAGUCGGAGCCGGCGGCUUAAUUACGCAAUUAAAUUAUAUAUUUGGAGUGCCAUUUGGAGUCAGGAAAGUUCAAAGACCCCAUAGGAAUCUAAUGCAAAGCACCGGGAGACAACUUAAUAAAUUCUGAUCGAAGCGUUUGGGGCAGCAGCCACACCAUGUGCCAUGGAGAGCCUGGGCCUGGGCAGCAGACGCAGCAACGGCGGCAACUCGACGGCCGGCCCCACGACGGGCCAGGGGGGCGUUGUCGGAGGCGGGGGCGUGGCCGGCAAGGUUUUGGUCCACACAAAGUUAAAGCAACAGCAGCAGCAGGUGCAGCAGCACCACUCGAAUCAGAAUUACUAUACGCAACAGCAGACGCAAUUGCAGCGACUCAAGCAGCAGCAACAGAAGUUGCAGCAGCAGCAGCAGCAGCAGCAGCAGAUGGAGGCGGUGCAUGGGGGCGUGGCUAAGCACUGUCUGCAGUUUCCACCACCGCCAGACUAUCCACCACCCAGCGGCCAAUCUCCGGGCCAAACGCCCGCCAGGCGCCAACAUUUGCCCCGGUAUCCCGACCCAGAUCCGGAUGCCAUAGAGAUCUGCAAUGAGGUGGCAACUCUGGAGACAUCACCACAUCAUCUCAAGCAGCUGGCGGCGCGGCACAGCAAAACUCUGGGCCGGAACCUAGGUGGCCAUCACCAGCAGCAACACCACACUGUGCACCAUCUGCAUCAUGACUACUCGUAUGCCUACUACGAACCCGGUGCCGCAAUGAGGCACUCCAAUGUGCCGGGUUCUGCCAGCGCGGGGGGAGGAGUGGGAGGGGUUUCAUCGGUGGUGGGCAGUUCGAACACCACCAGCUCCUCAUCCACAUCCCCCUGCUCCGUGGAGCCACCGCCCAACUCGAUCCGAGCGCUGCUCUCCAAGGGCAAGAAGAACAAACAACUGGUGAGCCCGGCCACCUUGCAAUCCUACCAGACGCGCUACCACAAACUGACCACCAAAGUGGGUCCCGGCCAGAGCGAGAAUUUCUACGAGGAGAUCAACGCGGCUGCCCUGCAGACGAGCAGUGGUAGCCACAGUGGCGGUCAUCAUCUGCGCAGCACAGUGGGCUCCCAUUCGGCGGGCUCGCUGAAUCAAACGCUGGUGGAGGAGGAGCUGCGUCGAGUGCAGAACCGGCAUCACAAGAUACUGGGCGAGCUGAACCUGAGUGUGGAGGCCAUGCUGAUGCCGGAAAGUCCGCCCAAGUCCAUGGAGCAGCCACAGGGAGCACCCGGCUCUGGGGGAGUUGAGCCACCGCAGUCAAGUGUGAGUGUGAGUGUGAGUGUGACGGCGGCCAGUGGACAACCGCCCACGAUUCUGGCCCGACUGACAUCCGCUUCGGCGGACAACAUCUGUGAUAGCGGAGAGGGGGGAAAGAGGGCCAAAGGGAGUGCUGCCGGAGUGGAGCAGCAGCUGAUGGCCACCACCACGUGCGGCGACCUGGACAGCGGCUUCAGCGGCAGCAGUGGGGCCAGCUACAUUGGCAGCCUGCGUCUGAGCAAAACGCAGCACAUCAAGUGCGCCCGCCAAACGCCCACGCUGGGCACCACCCAGAGCUGUCGUUCGUUCCAGCGGGCGGCCACUGUAUACGAUGAGGCGGGCAUGGCAGCUGCCGGCCAGAGUGCCAGUGCCAGUGCCAGUGCCAGUGCCAGUGGCAGUGGCAGUGGCAGUGGCAACAGCAGCGCCAGCAGCUUUCUCACGCGAGCCUCCUGCGGCCGCAGGAUACUCAGCUGCGCCAGGAUACGGGCCGCCGAGGACCCGGGACCCAAUCACCGGAAUGGCCAUCCAGCCACUCAGGCUCAGGCUCCGGUUCAGGUUCAGGUUCAAGUUCAAAGCACGGCCACGGAAUCGAAGGCCAGGAGCUUCUGGAGCCGCAAGGGAUGGCGCAAACUGCCCGGCUUCUCCACCUCAACGUCCAGCAUCAAUGAUACGGGGUUAACAGAUGAACAUAAACUGAACUCCGGCUCAUGGGAGGACACCUUGGACGAGCCGCAUCACCACCACGCGCACCACUCGCACCACCACCACCUCAGCCAUCCACAUCAUCGCCAACAACAGCAUCAGCAUCAGCAUCAGCAUCAGCAGAGCUCCUUCAUUGGAUCGCCGCCGUCCAGUGCCAGCAUCACCACCGCCCAGCUGCAUAGUGCGUUUAGCCGGCGGAUUGCCGAGCAGCGGGAGCGGGAUCAACGGGAUCAGAGGGAUCAGCGGGAUCAGAGGGAUCAGCGGGAAGCAGCGGGCUGCACCGCAGCCACAAUUGCCGGCGGAAGCUUCAGCGCCAACGGUGGCCAGGCUGCCGUUGGUGUUGGCGUUGGCAGCAGCAGUAGCUGCGGCAGCAGCAGCGACCGGGACACCAAAUCCCCUUGCCGCGAUCGGGAUAGGAAUCUCGAGCGGGAAAGGGACCAGGAGCGGGAGCGGGAGCGGGACAAGGAGAAGCAAGAGGAGGAGGGGGAGCGGGAGCGGGAGGAGGAGGCGGAAGCGGUUCUCACCGAGGAGGAGCAGACCAGCAGCAGCGUGAGUUCGCUAAGUGCCGGCAAUCAACGCAAUUCGCAAUUGCGUUCCACUUUCAACAAGGCCAAGCAGCAUUUGUCGUUUGACAAAUGGCGCACGGCCGCCACUGGAAACGCAACAGGUUCCGCAUUGGCAACUGUAUCCGCAUCCGCAUCCGGUCCAGGAUCAUCAUCCACUGAGAACAAUAACGCCAACAUGAUUAUGCGCAGGGCCAGUGCCUGCACAAUGCCAUCGAGUGGCGGUGGCGGAGGCGGAGGAGCAGGUGGCUCCCAGAGGGAGGAGGCCACCACGCCGGGUGAAUCGCCCGGCGGUCGCCUCUCCCGCUGGUUCUCCAUCAGGCGCGGCUCCUCGCAUCAGUACGAUGUGGGUGGGCGCGAUGGACGCCACUCCACAGCCUCCAGCUUCGAUACGCCCGAUUCGGGUUCGCCAAACACCACGGGAAAAGGUAACUUCGGCCUGGGCUCAGCCGGAUCAUCCGGCGGAUUGAGCCAAGGAGCAGCGCUGGACGCCGCCUCGCCGCAAAAGCUGGCCAAUUUGGGGGCCAGCAAAAUGAUGCCCGGAGUGCCAGAGUCGGAGGAUGAUGAGGCCACCGCCAAUCGCAUCGACAUGGACCUGAUGAUGACGCCGGGCAGUCGGGCCAACGGUACCGCUCGUACCGCCCACAACCGGCUAAUUGUGCCCAUGUUGCCGCCCGCGCCCGCCGGAUUGUCCCAGCAGCAGCUGAAAAGGCGCCACAUUGUGGCGGCCAUCGUCCACAGUGAGAACUCGUAUGUGGCCACCCUGCAGCGACUAGUCAAUGAUUACAAGAAACCGCUGGAGGAGUGCAGUCCGCCGGUGCUGAACCCGGUGAAGAUAGCCACCCUGUUCCAUUGCCUGCCGGACAUCCUGCACUCGCACAAGCUGUUCCGCAUCUCGUUGGCCGAGUGUGUGCGGAACUGGGAUCGGGACGAGAAGAUUGGCGACUGCUUUGUGAGCGCCUUCGGGAAGCCACAGCUGCUGGAGAUCUACUCGGGCUUCAUCAACAACUUCUCGGCGGCCAUGGAGCUGGCCAAGAUGGAGGAGAAGCGCAAGUCGGCGCUGGCCGACUUCUUCAAGGUCAAGCAGAUCAGUGCCCACGAUCGGCUGUCGUUUUUCGGCCUGAUGGUGAAGCCCGUCCAGCGUUUCCCCCAGUUCAUCCUCUUCCUGCAGGACCUGCUCAAGUACACGCCGCAGGGUCACCACGAUCGCAUGUCCCUGCAGUUGGCCCUGUCGCAGCUGGAGCUCCUGGCCGAGCUCCUGAACGAGAGCAAACGGGAGGCGGAGCAGUACCAGGCCUUCAAGGAGAUGCUCGGCCACAUCUCGGGCACCUUCAAUGCCCGAUCGUUGAGCCUGAGCAGCAUGAGUGUCAGCGAUUCCGUCGGCGGCCAUCGCCCGCGGUACCUGCUCCGCGAGGACAACGUCACCCACAUGGAGUUCAACCAGGCCGGCUUCAUUGUCAAGUGCAAGCAGCGCCGCCUGCUGCUCCUCAACGACAAGGUCAUCUGCGUUUCGGUGGCGCCCAAGCAGUCGCAUGACUUCGGGGCCACCGAGAAGCUCACCUUCAAGUGGAUGUUCCCGGUCAACGACGUCGAGAUCGUCGACAACAGCACAUCGGCCACGCUCUCCAGGAUUCUGACAGCGGGUCUCAACCGCGGCGGCAGCUUGAAGUCGAAUGGCAGCAGUGGCGCCAACGGCAGUCCCUAUGCCAACAGUACCCUGCCGGGACACGGAGGAGGAGGCGGAGGAGGAGGUGGCUCCGUUGGCUUCUCCGGAUUCGGGGACCCGCACAGCUCGCCGGCUGCCCAACUGACCAACGGGGCCGACAACCUGUGCAGCGAGAUGAGCACCCUGAUGUACGACUACGAGGUGAUCUCCCGCAUCCAGGACCUGGUGUGCAGCCUGAAGGGCAGCUACAAGGAGCUGAACGCCAACACGACGCGCAACGUGCUCAACCUCAUCCAGGGCUCCAUCCAGCGCAAGGACGAGGAGAUGGCCUGGGUGGACUCCUGCUGCCUGCAGCUCACCGGGCGCCACAAGUCCGGCAAGGAGGAGACCUUCACAUUCCAGACGCAGACGCCGGCGGUGAAGAAGGAGUGGAUCACGGAGCUGCGUCUGGCCCAGCUGGCCCUCGAUCCCAACAACUCGCCGGCCUGGGAGCGCGGUGGCUCGCAUCCGCAGUCCGCCCACCACCACCACCAUCCCCAUCAUCCGCACCACCACCAUCCGCAGCAGCAUGCGCACGCGGCCGCGGGGGAUCCCCGCCAGACGCAGGAGCAGCUGCAGCUGCAGGAGGCCGUCCAGCAGAAGCAGUCGCGCAAAAUGCCGCUCUUUGUCAAGGCGAUGCCUGUCUACAAGUCACAGCAUCAAACCGAGGUGCGCUGUGGAUGUUACUACAGCAUCGCCAAUGACACCAAGCAGAGCGGCAAUGCGCGCCGGCGGCACAAGCAGCUGAACUACCUGUGGAUGUGCAGCAGCGACGGGACCUCGUCGCACAUCACCGUGCUGGCCCAGCAUCCGCAGCAGGCGGGCAAUCUGCGCGAGGCGGGUGCCUUCGAUCUCUUCGAGACGCAGAUCUCGGCGCUGGAGUUCGUCAAGGGAUUGGAUCAGCUGAGGACGCGCGACGAGCCGGCCAGUCUGCUGGGCGACCUGGUGUGGCUGGGCACGGACAGCCGCAAGAUACUGGUCUACUCAGCGAGGAAUCCGGAGCAGGAGGAGCAGCUGGGCAGCUAUGCGGUGGCGGGGGCAGUGCAGCGCAUCCUCUACCACUUCGAUGCCGUCUACGUGGCCCUGUCGGGGGCCACGGUGCUGAUCUUCCGCCGCGGCAACGACGGCGUCUGGCAGAUGCGCGAUCCGCAGACCAUCAGGCUGGGCGACUCCGAUCUGGCCGUGCCCAGUCUGCUGCCCAUCAACAUGUGCAUCUACGCCUCGUGCGGCAACCGGGUGUACGUGCUGAACGCCCUCAAUGGCGAGAUCCAGCGGAGCUUCGAGGUGCAGCACGGGGCCAGCCAGCAGGUGAACCUGAUGGCCCACUCGGGCAUUGGGCUCUGGAUAUCGCUGAAGAACUCCACGAUGCUGUGCCUCUACCACACGGAGACGUUCAAGCACCUGCAGGACAUCAACAUCGCCUCUAGUGUGCUGCGGCACGACGGCAAGAAGGAGCAGCCGCUGAACAACAGCUCGGUGUAUGUGACCGCCCUGAUGGCCUGCAAGGGCCUGCUCUGGGUGGGCACCAAUGUGGGCAUUGCGGUGACCAUUCCGCUGCCCCGCCUCGAGGGCGUGCCCAUCAUCAGCGGCGGCAUCAACAUGUCCUGCCAUGCGCACUUUGGUCCGAUUACCUUCCUGCUGCCGCUCAUCCCCAAGGUCUAUCCCGCCUACAAGCCACCGCCAGUGGGUGGUGCAGCUGCUCCAUUGGUGCCCAGCAUGGGCGACGACCUCCAGUUGCCGGCCAUCGAUGCGGAUCCCAAGAUCCAGGAGCUGGACGACGGUGCCGUGGUGCUGCGCCGCGAUCUGGCCAAGGAGGAUGCAGCGGCGGCGGCGGCUGCGGUUGUGGCCAGUCCGGGUGCCGAUUCAACGGCCUCGUCGCCGCGCAGCUCCAAGCUGGACAAGCAGAACUCGCUGGACCAGAGCUUCACGGCCAAGAUACGCGCCUCGCUGGCCAAUUCGCCGGCCUUUCACCGCAAGCGCUUCCGCGACGAUCCCAACCGGAUGUCCAAGACCCUGCCACGCGGCCUUGGAGCCACUGCAGCAGUGGGAGUGGGAGUGGGAGUGGGUACAGGAGCGGGCGUAGUGCCUGGCACCCCGGGCUCGGCCAAUUCGGCAGGGAACACCGAGCACGGCAUAUGCGAUGUCUACGGCCUGUAUGGCAAGCUGAUAUUCGUGAAGGAGGACUACGAUGCGGAGGAGGGCAACCAGGGCAACCUGAUGGACAUGAUGUACGAGGGCAUGAGGCGCUCCGACCCCGAGCUGGCCGCCAUACCCGGCAAGGUGUGCACCCUGGACAGGCGUUUGCGCAUGAAGGCAUCGCGGCCGAGGUCGUUGGACCUGUCCAACUGGUCCGUGGACUCCAAGUCCUCCAGCCUGUACACGUCGUCGGGCAGCGAGGAGAGCAUGGGCAUACGGCACUUUGGCGGGCGGUCAGUGUCCCGGAAUAGCAGCAGUGCCAGCCACAAGACCUCCGGCACGGGCAGCGAUCUGGGCAAUAUAUCCGAGAACGGGCUGAUGACCACGGCGGACAUACACCACCACCAACAGCAGCAGCAACAGCAGCAGCAGCAGUUGCUAAUUAGCUCCUCUUCAGCCAAAACAGAGGAGACCGGCGGCAGACUGGGGGGUACAGUGAGUGCCGCUGGCCUGGACAAACCAGCCGCCGCUGCGGUGGCCACGCUUAAGCGCAAGCAGAAGCAGAACUCCAAGCAGCAGCAGCAGCUGAGCGCCGACGGACCGCGGACAGUGAUCACGCUGAUGGGCGGACGGGGCUACUGGCGCCAGAUGUGGUACAAUGGGGGGGCAGGCGGUUCGCCCAGCCACAAGAACAGCUCCUCCGGCGGAGGCAGUGCAUCCGGCUCGGGCGGACAGGACAAUCCCAGCUGCUCGCCCCUGACGGCCAACUCCAAUGACGCCCACAUUGUGGUGUGGGAGAAGAAGUUAUAAUCGCAGGAGCUGGUGUGCUGCUGCACCCUUCAGCAGCAUCCCCACCAGCACCAUCCGCCGCUCACCGAGCUGUGGCGCCGCGUGGGCGAGCAGCAGCAGCAGCUCCAGCAGCUCCAGCAGAUCCAGAUGCAGCGCCGUGGACGCGGACGUGUGCGCUUCCGGGGAUCCUUCAUCCAGCGCGAUCGCAGUGCCGGCAACGAUGGUGGAGCGGGUGCGGGAGCGGUAGCUGGAAACAAAUUGGGUGCCAGUCUGAAGCGACUGACCAAGCUGAAGCGCGGCGGCAGCCUCAAGGAGUUCUAGAUGCGCGUGUACAUUGUUUUCGAAAUUUAGUUUGUAGCUCUUAGGCUUACGAUUUAGGCACAAAAUCACUUGAUUUGCUUUCUCUUUUUUUUUUUCUUUCUGCGUUUGCUGUAAGCGGGAAUAUCGAAUAUAUAUUAUAUUUAUAAGCGACCCUGUGUACGUUUCCAGACCAAAUCGGAAAACAAAUCUUUAAAAAUCAGUUUAACAAUUUCCUAAAUCAAUACAAUCAAUCUAUAUCACAAAGGUUUUUCUUAACCAGGCUAGAGGUUUUGCUUAAAAAGGCUGCAUUAUUUAAUUCAAAAUAACCUAAGGGCAAUGUAAAAUCCCAACUUCCAUUAUCAAAAAGCCAAAUUUGCUAAAACUUUCAUAGUUUCUCUUGUACGAAAAUCAGUAAACACUAAUGUGAAGUCAAAUUAUUUACAAUAAUAUCACUUUUCGCUAAAAUUAUCUACCAAAGUUUAAUUUUUCACCAAACUAUCAUAUAUAAUGGUUUCAAAAUUCAUUUAUUGCACUAAUUAAAUUCGUUAUAUAGUGUAAAACUCAUAUUUACAGUCGAACUUUUUCAUAUCCUUGCUGAAAAAGGCAAUUUUUUUUUUAUAAUUUUCAAAACUUUGGAAAUAUAAGAUAAAUUAAGUAAAUUUCGUUUUUAACCAGUUUGGAACUUCACCUUUCGGUGGGUUUUUCAACGAGCUGUUAGGAUAAACUUAGUUUGAAUCAGAUUUGGAAACGGAAGCGGCUACAGGGGUGUAUAUAUAGCGAAUGUUUCCGGAGAAACCUAGUGCUUAGUCAGCUUUUUCUCAAACUUGAACAGCCAACUAUCUCUUUUCGUUCUCGAUUCUCGCGUAAGUGAAAGUGAAACUUAGCCCUAGGAAAAUGUUUUUUUUUUCGUAUGUAGUUCAUAACUGAAUAUCCAAAUAUACAAUGUUUUUUUUUCGAUAGUUCAGUAAGCAUAAUAUGUUACAUAGAAUAUAAGUAGUUUGAUAAGCGAUUAAGCACACACACUCACACACACACAAGCGAGCGGCCAAGCCCACAAGCUAAGGGGAAAUGAUGUUGUCUGUAAAAUAAGAGAUAAACGAUAAAACGAAAAAGCAUUGUUAAAAAAACAGGAUGCGUUUUUUAGAUGGCUAUUUAAACCCACUCAUUAACCAUGCUUUUUGUUGUUAACCUUUUCGAAGUCGAAACUCUAAUGCAGCUGGCAGCACUUCCCUUUAUGAAUGUAUUAUAACGAAAUUAGAAUUAAACGUACUCCCCGUUUAUGGAUAAACCCAAUUUGUAGUACUCUAAAGCCUGUAUUUGUGAAAAUUUACAACAAACAAACAAGAUACAAGAACAAAUUUUUUUUUUGUUGUUUGUCAAGUAAACUUAUAUAUAUAUACAAGAGUAAUGAAGCGAACAAGGAAUAUCUUAUAUAUACACAAAAACAUACUUAUAUACGAUUUACAUCUUUAAAAAUAUACAUGUGCGUGUGUACGAGAAUAUUUAGCAAAAAAUAAUAAAUAAAGAAACAAAAUGUUUUAUCGAAGAUAUUUUUUGUGAGCGAUAUCUUUUGGAUACACAUAUAGAAGUCAGGCAUAAUGCAAUUAUGUAACUUUUUAUAUCAUUGUGCAUAUUUACACACUUACACACCUACACGCGAAUACAGACACACACACACACAAAUAAGCGUUAACGCACUCAUCUACAUAUAUGAAAAUAAUAUAUUUACCUAUAUAUCUACACAUAUUUACGGGUUCCCCGGGGAACCCAAAUGUACAUGUACUUGGAUGGCAUAUUAUUCGGCCUCGUUUGUGAACUAUCUACCCACAGCGAAACCAGUUGCUUUGUCGAUGUUAUACAACAAAGAAACAAAAAAAACAUUGUAUGUAUUCAAGAACAAAGAAAAUGUAUUAAAAUAUUAC